UCAAAAAGAAGAAGAAAAGGAACAAAUGUGACUUUGGAUCCAGACACAGCUCAUCCCCAGCUCAUCCUGUCUGAGGACUGUAAGAGUGUGAGAUGGGGAGACAAAGUUCAAGACCGACCCAAGAAUCCUGAGAGGUUUGAUGUACGUGCGUUUGUGCUGGGCCAUGAAAAAUUCACAACAGGCAGACAUUUCUGGGAGGUGAUGGUGGAAAGUGAGGGAAUAUGGGCUGUGGGGUUGGUCAGAAAGUCUAUGAUGAGAAAAGGGCUUGUGGAAUUUGUUCCUGAGGAAGGCAAGUGGGCUAUUGGAAAGUGGAACGGUGAAUACAGGAGUAUAAAGCCUCCCAAAAAACCACUUGUACUCCUGCAAAGAGAGCCCACAAGGAUCUGAGUGACUCUGAAUUAUGAAGGACAACGUGUUGCUUUUUUUGACGCAGAUACCGGAGACCUCCUUUAUGCAUUCUCAGCAACCUCAUUCUGUGGAGAAACCCUCCAUUCUUAUUUAUAUGUGAUCAGAAAAGCUCGUCUCAGAAUCUCUUCUUCAGGCAACUAGAUUGGUCCAAAGUAGCGUGUAGUCUCAUAACACAGCUCCUUGCACCCUCAUGUCUGCUCAUUCCAUUCAUUGGGGAGUGGGAGCUCAUCAUAGCAAUAUCUUGAAUCUGGACUAGUUUGCCAAAAUUCAUGAUAUCCAAGGUUGAUAAUCAGGAAGUAGCCAUUAGCAACUUUAUAU